GCCUUAACAAAAAGGAUGACUUAGGAUUUAUUUGCAUAAAUUUUUAUCUUUCACAUUAUUUGAUAUAUUGAUAUCGGGAAGAUGAGGAAUUUAAGAGGUAUUCAAUAUGAGCAAUGGAAGCCUCCUGCGCAAUACCAGAAUAGACCGAUAACGGCGGCGUCGUGGGACUUGGCAAAUGAUGCUGUCGUUUGUACGGUUGGUCCUACAGAAAAUGACGCUGUGAUCCAGCUUAUUAGAGUCAAAACGAACUCAAAAUCACAGUACAUAAUUUCCUAAUCGAGCGUCUUUGAAUUUUUACUGAUUUAAAGUACAGUGUGGACUUCCUUAUCACAUCAUGGGAAGCCCCAUCACCAAACCCGGACUUGGCCUGUGACAAAGUUUUGAGCCUUCAUUAUUUUGGAGACAGCUUGACGACAUGUCUUGUUCUUGCUGGUGGCGACAUCAUUGUCGUCAGAGAAGAUCCUCAACCGGGAGAAGGCCAGAUUGAAAUUAUGGGCUCAGUUGAUGCUGGUAUCACUGCGGCAAGAUGGUCACCUGAUGAGGAGCUGUUGGCGAUCACAACUAAGGAAGAUACCGUUAUUUGGAUGAGUCGUAGUUUCGAUGGUGUUGCAGAUACUACUAUGACCAAAGAGGACCUCAAAGCUUCGAAUCAUGUAUCCGUUGGUUGGGGUAAGAAAGAAACUCAAUUCCAAGGCAGAGGAGCCAAAGCCUUAAGAGAUCCGACUAUGCCUGAGAAGAUCGAUGAAGGUGUUCUUAGUUCAAAUGAUGAUUCGAGUGUCACCAUCAGCUGGAGAGGUGAUGGCGCUUACCUCGCUAUUUCCACAAUCGAGUCGGCUUCUCGUCGCAUAAUUCGGGUAUACUCAAGAGAAGGUGAACUUGACAGUGUCAGCGAGCCUGUGGAUGGUCUUGAAGGCGCUUUAAGCUGGAGACCUUCAGGAAAUCUGAUUGCUGGAAUUCAACGACUUGAAGAGAGAAUUGAUGUUGUUUUCUUUGAACGUAACGGAUUAAGACAUGGAGAAUUCAGCCUACGACUUACUCAAGAACAACGUGAACUCCCUAAUCAGAACAUCAAAUUGGCUUGGAAUUCUGAUUCCACGGUGCUGGCUGUCAUCAUGGCGACCUCUACUCAAUUAUGGACAAUGGGUAACUACCAUUGGUAUUUAAAGCAAGAGAUUAGGAAUCAUCACGCUCCAUUGCUUUUUACUAAUCCUGUGGCUUGGCAUCCAGAGAAGCCGCUGAGAUUCUUAUCUGUCGCUGAGGACACUAUUGACCUUGCGGAGUAUAUCUUCACGGCAGCUCGCGGUACUUUGGCACCACCACAUGAUUUUGGGGUGCUCGCUGUUAUCGAUGGGCAAAAUCUCAUGGUAACCCCUUUCCGAGUAGCUAAUGUUCCCCCUCCCAUGGGUCAUCACGAAACUGCAAUAUCAUCAAACGUCAUUGAUGUUUCCAUCAAUGCGGACGCUUCAUUGCUCGCUGUUCUGCAUCAAGAAGGCAUUUCUGUCUUUGAAUUAGAUGCCACUAAACUCGUUGCACCUACCCCGACAUUGUCGGGUCAAUACACAUUCGAGUCGUCUAUCAAAACUACCAUAUAUCAACAAAUUACUUUCAGUGGCAAAAGUGAGGCACUCGCUUUGGGGCGAACCGAAGCUGGUCCUGUCAUUCAGAGAUAUCACCUCACUGAUAUGCCAGGUGAGAUGAAAGAGAGAGCUCUUGAGAACAGUCCAACAUCUUCUGUAUCAAUAUUGUCAAGCUUUGUUGAAGAUGGCGUAAUGCAUCCAUACGUUCAAACUAGCUCUGGAGACCUUCAUAGUUUAGCUUUUGGCGAUGCGUCCUUAUCUUCCUGCAAUUUCUCCAAGCAGUUACCUUGGGUAGAUAUCAUACCCUUUGGUGAUGGCCCAAAUGCCUAUGGAGAUGGUCGCAUAGCUUUUGGAUUGUCUAGUAAUGGUCAUUUGUUUGCAAAUACGCGCUUACUGGUGCGAAAUUGCACAUCUUUUCUUGUCACACCAGCACAUCUUAUAUUUACUACCACCACACAUCUCCUCAAAUUUGUGCACAUCACAGAAGUUCACGGUAUGUUUUACGAUGUUCGUCGCAUGAAGUUCAAUGCUAAUAUUCUCCAGAUCUUGAAAUUCCACCUGAUGAUCCAGAAAUUGAUGAAAGAUGUAGAAGCAUUGAAAGGGGGGCUCGACUAGUCACCGCAAUGCCAACAUCUCUUAGUCUUAUUCUACAAAUGCCUCGAGGAAACUUAGAGACUAUAUUCCCUCGUGCAAUGGUUCUUGCAGGUAUCCGGAAACUUAUCGAGGAAAAGAACUACAGAAAAGCUUUCACUCACUGCAGAACGCAACGAGUGGAUAUGAAUAUUUUAUACGAUCACGCUCCAGAGCAGUUCUUGUCAAAUGUUGCACUUUUCAUUGAUCAAGUCAAGAAGAUCACUUACAUUGAUUUGUUCCUUUCGUCAUUGAGAGAAGAAGAUGUUACUCAGACGAUGUACAAAGAAACGAGAGUUGUGCCUCAAAAUGGUAGCAUAGUGCCUGCCACUAAUGGUGCUACACCCCAGGAUACCACUGUCGAUAUCACAGCCAACAAACCUUCCAAGGUUAAUAAGAUAUGCGACGCUGUUCUCGAAGUUCUCAAGACUCGCACUGCAACCAAUUUACAAAACAUCAUCACAUCCAAUGUUUGCAAGAAUCCACCUGCGUUGGAUGACGGUUUAUUGGUUGUUGCACAAUUGAUGAAGGAAGAUGAAGCUUUGGCCGAUAAAGCAGUUGAGCAUAUCUGUUUCUUAGCAGAUGUCAACAGAUUAUACGAGAAUGCCCUAGGUCUCUAUAACCUUGAUCUUGCUCUUUUAGUGGCCCAGCAGUCGCAAAAAGAUCCCAGAGAAUAUCUUCCUUUCAUGCAAAAUCUACAACAAAUGACCGAAUUACGUCGUAAAUAUAGCAUUGACGAUUAUCUAUCCCGCCAUACCAAAGCACUACAUCAUCUCCACGAACUCAACGCAUUCGAGGAACUACAAAAGUAUACUCAAAAGCACGCACUCUACAAAACCGCUCUAGCUAUUUACCGAUACAACCCUGAACCCCUCGCUGUCAUAACAGCCCUCUAUGCUCAAUAUCUCGAAUCUAAAUCGUCAUACAAAGAAGCAGCUCUCGCUUACGAAUCUCUUCACAACUACGCAAAAGCCACAUCUUGCUACCUCGCCUCCGGACCUUCUCAAUGGCGCGAGACUCUCUUCUGUGCUCUUACCGGCGGCGCAGAUGGGAACCCAAUGAGCGGCUCUGCACUUACUGAGCUGGCAAGCACAUUAUAUGACGCUCUCAUCGAAAGCAAAGACUACUACGCCGCCGCAACUAUCCAGCUCGACUACCUCUCCUCCCUCGAAACUGCCUGUAGAACCUUCUGCAAAGGCUAUUUCUUCGCCGACGCCCUCCAUCUCAUUGCCCUCAAAGCUCGAUCCGACCUCCUCGAAUCAGUCAUUGAUCCCGGUCUCGGCGACGCCCUCGCUUCAAGCACAGAACUUCUAGCAGACUGCAAAGCACAACUACUAGCCCAAGUACCACGAAUCAGAGAACUCCGACAAAAAGCCCUAGCAGAUCCCCUCGCUUUCUACGAAGGAGAAAGAGGAGGUGACGGUGAAAUCCCCGACGAUAUCUCCGUCGCAGCUUCAUCCCGUGUUUCUACAAAUCGCUCGCUCUUUACACGAUACACGGGUAAUGGUAGUGUAGGAACCGUAGGAACGGGCGUAAGCAGAGCAACGAGUAAAAAUAGGAGGAGAGAAGAGAGGAAGCGAGCAAGGGGUAAGAAGGGGAGUGUUUACGAAGAAGAAUAUUUGGUGGCUAGUGUAGGGAGAUUGAUAACAAGAGUAGAGGAUUCGAGAGGCGAGGUUGAGAGAUUGGUGGUGGGAUUGGUGAGGAGAGGUAUGUGGGAGAGGGCGAGGGCUGUCGAGGCGAGUAUGGCGGAGGUUGUCGGCUUGUGUAAGGGUUGUGUUGGGGAGGUUUUUGGUACGGUGGGUGAUUUGAGUGGGAAUGCAGGUGGGAAUGUGAAUGGAAAUGCAAAUGCAAAUGCAAAUGGACACGAACAAGGUGCGGCAGAAGGACAGGAAUAUAGACCAGUAGGUGGUGAUGCAGUCUACGCCGAGAGUUUACAAGCCGCCGGACGAAAGAAGGAAGCCCCUCAUCUUUCUGCUUUUGAAAAGUUAUCGUUGUUGGGUACUUAGGUUCUUGAUAGGUAGUUUAGUAAAAGAAAGUUUGUGAUUUCCGG